GAGAGAGAGAGAGAGAGAGAGGAGAAAGACUGUGGAGGAGAAGACGCAAAGCUUCAUCUCUGCCUGGAGAUGAAAGAUACUUUUAUCUUACACUGAACUGAACGGAUUUCACUUUGGUGCCGCCAUGUAUUUUGGUAAUAUGUGUCACAGUGCUCUGCUGCCGCUGGCCCGCCCCACGCUGGGCAGGACUCAGCAGCCUUCCCCAGACCUGAAGCCCCUCUUCCCCUUCCACCUGCUGCCUGGAUUCACCAACAUGGAUCACGUCCAUAAAGCUCUGAUUGGCCGUGGCUUCGGGCUAAAAUCGCGGCUGAAGAGGAAGCCCAGUUCCUGCGGAGUCUGUCGACAGAGGUUCAACUCUGAGGCGCAGGCUUCUUCCCAUUAUACAAGCACCAAACACGGUAAAAGGCUGAAAACGAUGGACGCCCCCGAUUUGAAGAUCAGGAACUCUGAACCGGUCGCCAAGGAAACCACAUUGCAAAUCCUCCCGUCACCCUGCUCACAGCCCUCCAGCUCUGAAACAACAUCAGGAGAACCCUCACCCCCAGACCCUACCUCAGAGGAGGCGCCGUCGAGCACCGGCCCCACUGAAACUGUGAAUGCACCCUCUGAACCCUCCCUGUCGCCCAGCUCGAGAACACCAGAGAAAGAGACACAAAUAGACAGAGAGAUGGACGUGGCUCCAGAGGAGGAAACGGAAGAAGGGAAAGCUAUACGUCUUCUCUACUGCUCCCUCUGCAAGGUUGCCGUGAACUCUGCCUCCCAGCUGCAGGCCCACAACAUGGGCACUAAGCACAAGACAAUGCUGGAGGCAAGGAGUGGGCAUGGGGCCAUCAAGUCAUUCCCGAGGACGGGGGUUAAGGCCAAGUUGGUUGUGCCGUCUGAGUCGCCAACGGGACUCCAGAACAAAACCUUCCACUGUGAGAUCUGCGAUGUGCACGUCAACUCCGAGACUCAGCUCAAACAGCACAUCAGCAGUAGGAGACACAAGGAUAGAGCAGCAGGUAAACCAGCCAAGCCUAAGUUCAGCCCUUACACUCCCACCCAGCAUCACCAGAGUUUCCAAGCAAUUCGUCUCGCUCUACGUAAGAACCAAGACCUGACCAAACCUCUGGCCUCCUGUCUCCUACAACGUCAACUCUCUGUUGCCGCUGCUGCUGCCAUGGCAACGCUGCCGCCCUUCUCUCUCCGACCUGCCUUGAACUCGAGCCCCGCCCUGUUUCAGAGUCAGCCCCUCCCUCAGGCGUUGAUGCAUCCGGCCCCUGGACCCAUCUGUUCAACACACACACCGGUGCUGUUUUCCCCCUACUGACCCCGUCCACAUCUCAAUCAGCUCUGAACUGCAGCUAAAAGCAGACCUGAGACCUGAACAAGAUGUGAUAUAAGACAGCCUUCACCGCGCUCCACCAACAACAGAUACUGCGGGUGCCAUGGAACAGGACCGAAGAUUAUUUGCUCGGCCCAAAACCAUAAAGUAGAUAGGGACGGAGGAAGUACAGAGCAGCAAAUGAGAGAGGAUUGUCUGGUGUGAGCGUGUGUGUGUGUGUGUGUGUGUGUGUGUGUGUGUGUGUGUGUGUGUCUGUGUGUGUGUGUGUGUGUGUGACUGCAUGCGCAGAUAUAGCCAUCAUAGAAAUAAAACUUAUUACAACAUGUUUGUUGCACUACUGCUUCAUUCCUCCAGUAAUAAACAUGUUUUAAGAUGCUGAUCAUCGAUAUGACAAUCAAAAAAAUGAACAGUUUAAUUCAGUAUAUACAUAUAUAUAUAUAUAUAUAUAUAUAUAUAUA